CUCUUCCUCCUUCUCGUCACAUUGUCCAACAUGGCGGUGUCCAUGCUCGGCCGCUGCUGUUGUGUUUCCCGACACGCGUCCCGCCGCCUCCUGAGACGAGCGCGUCUCCUUCUCCCACCCGGAUCCAGGUUUGGCGGCUCCGCCGCUGCGUCCCGCGGGCUGCUCCUCUCGCUCCAUCAGCGCGGAGUUCUGAAGGAUUCCUUCCCACAGAGCGCAGCGCAGGACCAGCUUCCCAAGCUGCUCCAGUCCGCUCCUCAGACUGUGUACUGCGGCUUCGACCCCACGGCCGGCAGUCUCCACGUGGGCAACCUGCUCGCCGUUAUCGGCCUGCUGCACUUCCGGAGCGCCGGGCACAACGUCGUGGCGCUGCUCGGAGGGGCCACGGCGCAGAUCGGGGACCCGAGCGGGAAAACGAGCGAGCGCGAGCGGCUGUCCGCGGAUGUGGUGGAGGAGAACACGCGCGGCAUCCGGGAGAGCAUUCAGAGGAUUCUCGUCAACCACGAGGUGCUUUUCCACGACCGCUCGAGGCCGCUGGGCACGGCGAGCGUGCUGAACAACCGGAGCUGGUAUAAGAGCUGGGGGGUGGUGGACUUUCUGUCGGAGACCGGCAGGCACUUCCGGAUGGGGACCAUGCUGAGCCGCCACAGCGUGCAGUCCCGGCUGAGGAGCGCAGACGGUAUGAGCCUGACAGAGUUCACCUACCAGGUGUUCCAAGCUUAUGACUUCUACCACCUCCACCAAAUAUACGGCUGCAGGAUUCAGCUUGGAGGCACCGACCAGCUGGGCAAUUUGAUGUCCGGACAUGAGUACAUUCACAAAGUAAGUGGUGAGGAGGUGUAUGGCCUGACCAUCCCGCUGGUGACCAGCACCACCGGCGACAAGCUGGGGAAAACCGCCGGCAAUGCGGUGUGGCUCAACAGAGACAAGACGUCCCCCUUCGAGCUCUACCAGUUCUUCCUCCGACAGCCAGAUGCCAGCGUGGAGCGAUACUUAAAGCUGUUUACCUUCUUGCCGCUGGGAGAGGUGGAGAAGCUGAUGGAGCAGCAGAGGGAGGAUCCAGGCAAACGCCUCGCCCACAAACGACUGGCCGCAGAGGUCACCAAGCUGGUGCACGGAAAGGAAGGCCUCGAGAGUGCCAAGAGAUGUACCAAUGCCUUAUAUCACAGCAGCAUUCAGGCGUUGGAGCAAAUGAGUGACGAGGAGCUUCAGGAACUCUUCAGGGAGGCUCCUUUCCAAGAAAUGUUUUUGGAGCCGGGGACCACGGUGCUAGACGCCUGCCGAAAGGCCAGCGCCAUCCCUGAAGGGCCCAGAGGGUAUCGAAUGAUUUCAGAAGGAGGAGUAUGGAUCAACCACAAAAUGGAAGACAAACCGGAGCAGGUCCUCAUCCCCAACAUCCACAUACUGUCUAAUGGACUCACCCUGCUCAGAGUGGGCAAGAAAAACUUUCACAUCAUCAAGUGGCUCAGCCUCUGAGGCUGCCUCAUUGACUCACAGGGAAGGUAGGAGGAAAACCUUGAGAAGAGUCUGUGGGAGAUGCUGAUGGACUGAUAAAUGGCUGGUCAUUUAGUGUUAUAUAUACAUACAUAUGUAGACGUGCUGUUUAUCUAAAGAUUUGCUAUUAAAACAACAUUUGGUAAAAAGGUCUUUUUCUGUUGACUUAUCUCUACAACAGACUUUUGGAGCAGUGAACACUAGAGGGCGACAUUGCCUGUGUGGCCGUCCACAGAGAACCUAACGAGCCAUUUGUCCCACUGUAAGCUUUCAAGUAAACAGCUGCUCACCGCUAAACUAAAUUGUAUCAUUUCUCAAAAAAAGCUCACAGUCCUAGUUGAAGCAAAUUACUGUUUUAAAAAAUUGUUUAAUUAUGGUGCAUUUGUUUUGUUGCAGUUUAAUUUUUUUUCACCUUUUUACUUCUGUAGAGUGUAACACAACUUACACACAUUGGGAGACAACAAUCUCAUGUUGGGGGAAAGACGGUUUAUGAUGCAGUUUGAGUUCAAAAAUAAGUUUUACUUAAAUACUAUUUAUGUAAGUUUUUUUUCCCUGUUCUUGCUUGUAUGCAAGAAUUGCAUAAAAGCAAUUUUUGCUUUUAUGCAAAUUAGAUUGUUUUUUAUAUAUAUAUUUCUGUUUUUGGUAUUUGUUUUAGCUGAUUAUAAUUUAAAUUUUACAUUCACCAAUAUUUAAUAAUGCAUUUAUCAAGUGCUUUUAAAGUGUUUUGCUGGCAAAAAACAAAAGAAAUGGCAAGAAUACACACACAAUUAAAGAACAAAGAUACUAUAAAAUAUGUGGUUUUCUGUGCAUCAUGUGUAGCAUUUUAUCAUAUAUAAAAUGCAACCCAGAUCUAAUAACUGUACCAUGAUCAUGGAAUACAUGUUUUUCUUUUUUUGUUUUGGUACAAAUUUGAAACCAACAGCUACAGGCUUAUAGUUAAUAAACCUGUAGCAUUCAAGGUCAUUCAAAUAACAUCAAAAAUAGAACCAAGUGCCUACAACACAGCUUUCUGUCUCAAGCUGGAAAACCUGCAAGUUUUAGCAAUUACCAAAGAAGUAAAGUCAGCUGUCAAAACUCAAAGCUCACUGUUUUUUUUUGUUGUUGUUGUUGUUUUUUUAAAUUGAAACAUUAAAUUUAAUUUUGUAGCGUA